GGCAGAACCCAAAAAUAACAACAAUUAAAUCAAUAUAAAGCCGGUUAAAGGAAAAAAGCAAAUAAAUCAGUGGAAAGGGCAUAGAAGAAAAUCAGUGUGUCUGUGCUAAGAGAAAAAAAUAUGUUAAAAAUCUUGUGAAAUUUGUUGUCGCAAUUCCCAGCCAAAUUCAGACAAUUUCCUUUGGAAAAAGACUGAUAAAUUAUUACCACAGCCGCAGGAAAAACAGGGCAAAACGCCAAAAAAGGACGAAGUGAAAAACAGCCCUGCCAAGGAAAAAAAAACGUCUCCUCUAGAGUUCUUCAAAGAUUUGCACAUGAAAAAAUCAAUAUCCGUCUAAAGUUUAUUUCGGUUUCGUCACAAAAAUUAUUUAUGCGUUUGUUCUGGUCAACAUAAAUCACCAAAAGGAAAAAUUAUAAAAGUUUUCAAGACUUUAUAAAACACAUACCAAAGAAAAUUAUUGCGAAACACCCAAAGAGAAAAAAUUAAGAAAACCAAAAAAAAAAAAAAUAAAUCAUCUUGAAAUAAAACAAAAAACCCAGAUUAACUCUAGAAUACCAUAUAAAACAAAACCAAAAGUCCAUUUUUGUGUUAGUGCUUAAGUGAUAAUUGAGUAAAACAAAAAGCAACAACAAAUAAUUAACAAAAAUUGCCUGAAAAACGCUUCAAAGCUAAAAGUUAUAUAUACGUAAAAAUUAGCAGCAGCAGCAGCAGCAAAAAACACUAAAACGUGAAAAUUCAACGCUUUUUCUUCUCCAUCCAUUGUAAGACAAUUUUGCGAUUUUUUCGAUAAAAUAAAUAUUAAAAAAUUAAAUAACAGCAUAGAAAUCUUUAAAUAAUAUACAUACAUACCAAAUAGAGACAAAGUAAUCAGCUUAUAACAACAAAGAUUUACAAAUUUUAAAUGAUAUUUAGCAGCCAAUACUUUAAAAUCCAACAUCAACAACAACAAAUAAAGCAGCAGUACUUAACAAAAUCACGCAAAUAUUGAAAUGAUUUGAGCAUUAAAAAACAGAAAAACAAUUUCAAUUAAAAACCAGCAAAUCUCCCAGAGAAACCUAAAGAAAAAAAAAACAAAUUCCAAUAAAAUUUUAACAUUAAAUAGAAAAUAAGAAGUCCAGAUUUUUGAGAAAAACUAAAUCAAUUCACGCCAUUUACAAAUUGAACAAAACUAUAACCACUCCAAAAGAGAAACAAAAAAAAAAAAACAAAGAACAAUUGCAAAUAAUACACUCAGAGAAAAACGUUACUAACGAUUAAAAACAUAAUUGCAAAAAAACCAACAGUGUUAUCCAAGAAAAGAUAGGCAUACAGACUGCAAGUGAAAAUUUAAUUGCAAAUUUUCCCUCGAAAGCAUAGCAAAACGCAAAAGGAAAAUUCAAACUCUCUGCCAAGGCAGACAGACAGACAACUCAGCAGCAAACACUCUUUGCGAUUCGAAAAGCAAAAAAAAUCCCAACCGCAAACGCCAGCGCUACUCCUCCUCGUCACAGACUGCAGUACGGCGUAGAGAAGAAAUUAACAAAAGAAACUAAAAAAACCAAAACGCAACGCAAAAAGGAGAGAGUGUGUGCGCGCAGCAAGUGAGUGAGUCAGCCACGAGUGUCCCAGAGUGUCUUGUGGAGCUGCACAUUGCAACCAAUUGUGGCAGCUUGGAAAACAGUCUGCCUUAACAAUUGCCGCAGAUCGUAUCAAGAAAAGCAUCAAGAAGAAAAUUCUUCGGUGUUACUACAAACAGUGCUGCACCAAACAAAGUUUUGAAAAAACGAAAAGAUAUUAAAAAAAAAUUAUCAAUUAAUUAAAAGCAACAAAAAAUAUAAAAAAUAAAUUGUGAAAUUGUGAAUUCCACAAGAAUUGUGUUAAGAAAAUCCAAUUUUCUUGAGUGUACAAAAUUGAAAGUUUUGAAAGGAGAUUUUUUUAAACUCAAAAACUAAAAAAUAAAGACUGAUGGUUUGAAAUUAAUUCCCCACGGGAAAUAAAUUGUUGAAAUAUUCUGUUACCCUGCAAAAGCCCAAACACACAGAAAACAAAAUACCAACUGCAAAAUUUCCUCCCGGAAGAAAUCUCUGCUCGGUUGAUAAUCAAAGUCAAACGGAAUUGUGAGAUUUUUUUUCUUUUGGAAAACAAAAGAAUCUUCUCCCGCUUCCAAGCCAUAGUGAGCCAAAAACACAAAGAAACCAACCUACACAUACACACACAACAAUACAAACUAAACGUUCCUGUAGUCGCUGACAAGUGAAAGCGUUUAAUCUUCGAUUUCGUUGACAAACGAAAGAACGAACGAACGAUCUGUGAUGAGUGAUCAGGUGAAAAUGAAUGCCGGUGGUGGUGGUGGUGGUGUGGCCGCCACUGAUCCCCAUAAUGGCAAUCCCCAGGAAGCCAUAGACUCUGGAGCCGGCAAUGAUCAGGGGUCUGGCAAUGGCCAACCCCAGAGUCUCAAUUUGAAUGGAAACGGAGGUGGAGGAGGCAUUGGAGUAGAAGGUACUGCUGCUGUUGGUAUGGCUGCUAAUGGUAGUGCCGGCAAUGGCGUGGCCGUUGGUGAUGCGGCUUCGACGGUGGGUGAUGAGACUGGCACUGAUGCGGGUGCCAGUUCCAUACCACCCUCGGAAGUUGGUGGCCGCCCACCAUUGGAUACUGUUGGCUCGGAGGGCGGCGGCCCAUCAAGCAUGGGUGGCAUGGUUGGACCACCCAGUCCUUUAACCGGUUGUUAUUUAUUGAUCAUUUUGGGUGAACCCCAUUCGGAGGAGCAUAAGGAUAAUAUCCUACAGCAUUUGUUAAAGGGUUUCCUCUCAUGGGACGUAGCUGACUGUCAUGUCGAUUUGGAAGAGGAACUGAAUACAAUAACACAACAUGCACCCGAAGGAGAGGAGGCACGUCACGGCGAACGACUCAUUCAGUAUGCUAGCGAAAAUCUAGUCACUGAAGUUUUGAUACAUCCUCAGUACAAUACUCUCAUACAAUGUAUGCGCAAUAUGUUGAGCAGCUUUACACGGCAUCGUCACAUUAUCCAUGCCGGCUAUACCUUCUCCAGCAAUGGUUCCUGGAUACUACAGGAUGGAACCUUUUCGGUAGGUGAUUUUGCUGAAGCUUUCCAAGAACAUGAUGUGCAAAGAGUUAUACGCGCCUAUGCCGAUACCAUUAGCAUGAAUAUACAUUGUGCUGAUGCCGGCCUAUGGCAUACAUUGCCCGAUAAAAGCUAUGCUCGCCUAUGCAAGAUACGCAUUAAUCCUGUCGAUGUUUUGGAUACCAGCAGCGAGAGCAUUAACGGUUUUAUAGAUUAUCUUGCUCCCAUGCUGAUUCCCACAUCGAUACGUGAACUACUCGAGACCUCAGACGUUGUUGGCAAUAUACGCUUUACACAUCCCACACUUUAUGUCUUCCCCGGAGGUCAAGGUGAUGCUGCCUUAUUUGGUAUCAAUGGUUUUAAUAUGUUGGUUGAUGGCGGUUUUAAUCGCAAGGCUUGCUUUUGGGAUUUUGUCCGCCACCUGGAUCGCUUGGAUGCAGUACUGAUGACCCGCCUCAACAAUAGCAAUAUUCAGGGGUUGAGCUCGGUGGUGGAACGCAAGCGCGAGGCCCCCGUUUAUCCUCAAAUCGGACAUUUCUUUUGUAAUAUACCCGAUCGCAAGGGCGGUUUACCCAGCCCCGAUGGUGAUAAGGAUCGCAAUCCAUUAUUGAUAGAUCUCUUUGAGAGAGGCCACAAUCUAGUCAGUGACUUAAAGUCGUUAGAUUUAAAACCCCAAACCUGCUAUCGUGCACCCGAGCCCAUUAAUCUCUACCACAAAGUCGGCCAUGGCACACUGGACAUGUAUGUGAUUAGCCCUUCCCGUGACUCCAGGGAGGUCAAGGAAUUCCUACAGAAAUGGAACUCGGGCGAUCAACGGCUCUUUGCUUCGCGCGAGUCCAGGGAGUUUAACUUCCCCCUGCAGAACUUGGUGUCUAUUUGCGCCCUGCUUGUGUGGCAGCCGGCCAACCCCGAAGACACAAUUACCCGUAUUCUCUUCCCUGGCAGUACACCCGACUUUAAGAUACAGGAGGGCUUGGAGAAAAUAAAGCAUUUGGAAUUUAUGAAACACUCAACUUGCACUGCCAAAUCGAUUGCACCUGCCAUACAAACGGUCGUUACCACUCGUAAGACCCUCAAAUCGGCCAUUGAACCCUCUGGUCCCAUACCCUCGAAGCCCAGCAGAUUUGUGCCUCCUGCUGCGGCUGCUCUGGCCAUUCAGCAACAGGACAACAAAAUGAAGGAAUCUGUCACCUCGGUUGUCGCCGAGGAGGAAAAGAUCGAGAAGAUCUACCAGGAGGAGGAAAAGAUUGCCGCAUUCAAGAAGAAGGAAGAUUCAGUUGAGACCGAUGAACAGGCAAUCGAAACCGGAGACGAGGCGCUGCCUGAGCCAUCAGUGGAAACUGCCAGCAAGGAUGGCGACCAAGUUGAUCAGGCCGAGGAGGUGGAAGUGGACAAUAAGGAGAGCACUGAAAAGAAGGUUGAAGUUGUCAUUGUCAAGCCGCAGCCACAAGCUCCUCCUCCAGCCAAAGACAUUAUUGAAACGGCAGCAGAACCCAUUAAACCCGCCAAGCCAGCAAAGGCUAAGGCCGAAAAGCCCAGGGCUGAAGUUAAGCCUUUGGUACGUUCCCGCAUAGAUACCCGGCCACCAAAGUCCAUGGAACGCAAGGUAGUCAAGAAGGAUGAGAAGAAGAGUUCCCCUACAGCCACACCACGCAAGCAGGAGACUGCCAAGCCUCCAGUUAAAGCCAAAGUCGGCAGUCGUCCAGCCAAGGCCAGCCCCAGCAGUACUCCUGCCAAGAGUGCCAAGGAAGCCAACAAUCGCAAAGUUUUCGAAUCCAAGCAACAGUCCAUACGACAGACUUCAACCACAACUACCUCUCGAAGAGAGAUUUCUCGCACCACUACAACGACUACUGAAAAGAGAGAAACCAAGACGGCUGAAACCCGUAAGCCCAUUUCCAGAAGACCACGAGGAGCUUCGCCUUCCAAGCGUGCUCCAGGUAGUCCCGUCAAGGCAAUUAAGCCUAAAGCUGCCGAUUUAAAAAAGACCCGUCUUGACAAAGGGGGUACCACCGAUUCCAGUCUGGUAUCUACUCCCUCCGCCGAUGAAGCAGCUGCUGCCAAAAAGUUACAGGAAUUAACCGCCUCUCAAGAACUAGAUGCCGAAAAACAACGUGAACUGGACGAUCUCAAGGAGGAACAAGAGGUGGUGCGGGAAAUCGAAGCAGUAUUCUCGCGCGAUGAAAUGAAGCGUCACCAUCAAAUUAAGGCUGAGAUUCGAGAGGUCACCAAGCAAGACAGUACAACCGAGGCUGACGAAGAGGACGAGUAUUUGAUUAUCGAAAAGGAGGAAAUCACCGAGGACUCCAUAGUGGAACAAGAGGAAAGCAGCGUCACAAAGGAAGAGGAAAUACAGAAGCAUCAACGUGACUCUCAAGAGUCGGAAAAGAAACGCAAGAAGAGUGCUGAAGAAGAGAUUGAGGCUGCCAUUGCCAAGGUGGAGGCAGAAGAACGCAAGGCCAAGCUCGAAACAGAGCCAACAGCCCCAUCCGAGACUCCCGAGGUCGAGGAAGCUCCGCAAGAUGCAGAAGAAGCAGAAGAGGAGCAAGAUGAAGAAGAAAAGGAGGAAGAGGAAGCCCCAGAACCCGCAAGGGUAAAACUUGCCUCACCUCUGGAAACCGAACUCAAGGCUGAGGUUCAAGACAUCAUAACAACAGCCAAGGACAUUGUUUCCUCAAAAACCGACGAACAUCUGGCCAAGACCGAGGAAGAUCUUUCGUCUGUUACACCCGACGAGAGGAUAAGCAGUGCCAAGAAAACUUCAGAUACUAAAGAUGAUCUGGUAGGCAUGCCCGUUGAAAUCAUACCAGCCAACCUACAGGAGAGUCUUCCCGAAGAGAAAUUCUCAGCCACAAUUGAGUCAGGAGCAACGACAGCCCCCACACUUCCCGAGGAUGAGCGCAUUCCCUUGGAUGAGAUCAAGGAAGACCUUGUUAUCGAAGAGAAGUAUGUAAAAGAGGAAACCAAAGAAGUUGAAGCCGUGGUUGCUUCUGUGAGUGCCAUAACCUCCAUUAUACCCCCCUCAGAAACCAGUGCCGAACCAAAAGAGGUGCUGGCCCAAAAGUAUACCGACAGAAUAGUUGCUGGCAUUGGAACGGCAGAGCGCAUUCUGCCUAUUAAGAUGGCUUACGAUUCCCAACAAAUGCGCGAUGUAGUUAAAACUCCAGACGAAGUUGCCGAUUUGCCCAUGCACGAGGAAGCCGACAUGGGUGUCUACGAGAAGGAUGCCCAAGAGUCUGGCAAAUCCAUCUCGCACAAAGAAGAGCUAGCCAAAGAGGAAAAGGAGGAGGAAGAAAAAGAGACCGAGCACGAAGACGAGGAAAAGGAAGAAAAGGUUGCAAAAGAAGACGAGGAAGAAGCACAAGAGACUGUCACAGCCAUCCCACUGGAUGAAGAACCCAAACAAAAGCUUCCCUCGGAUGAAAAAGAACCAAAGGAAAAGGAGGCCAAACUUCAUACAUCUGCUAAAAUAGCAGUGGAAGUAUCAACGCAAGAAGUCAAGGAAGUCAUCUCUGCUACAAAAGUAACCGAAACUAAGGAAAUUAAAAAAUACCUCGGAUCACCCGAGGAGAAAGAAGUCAGCGAAAUCACCUCCGAGGAUGAAAUUCCGGCCCAAAUGCCCACAUCUAAACCAACCACAUCUGAGAAGCAUGAGGACACAGUCUCUGUCGAAAGCCCCCCCACAAUCGAGGAAGCCAUUGAGGUCGAAGUCCAAAAGUCCUUGGAGGCGAGCGGCAAACCUGCUGCCGAAGACAAGAAGGAGAUUUCCGAUUCAAAGGAUGUUUCCGCUAAAGCAUCAGCUGAAGUCUCCAAGGAAGUUUCAAAAGAAACAUCUCGACGGGAAUCCCUAACCGAAUCGAAAGCCACAUCGAGGCGAGCAUCCGAAGCCGAUAAAGAAACUUCAGAACCAUCCAGACCAGCCUCGAUAAGUGCUGGAAAGUCACCCCUUGAGUCUAAAGAACAUUCCCGGCGUGAGUCUGUAACCGAAGUGGACAAAGCCUCUAGGCCUGCAUCCGUAACAGAAAGUGACAAAAUCGAAAAAUCAUCCCGAAAGGGCUCCGUAGUCGAAAGCGAGAAAGCAGAUCUAACUGUUAUCUCAAGAAAGGCUUCAGUAGCUGAAACAGAAAGGGCUAAAAAGCCCAAAUCUCCCACUGAGGAAAUAGCAAAGGUCCCAUCACCCACAGAACGCAAGGAAGAUGAAACUUCGCCAAUUGAUUCUAGAAAGACCUCAGUCGCUGAAAGCAUGCACGAUAAAAAAUCUGCGGAUGCAUCGAAGCAACCAUCAGCCGCUGCAAGUGAAAAGGAUGACAAGUCGCCAAUUGUCUCAAGAAAAUCAUCAGUGGCGGAAUCCAAAGAACAUUCUAGACCAGCAUCUGCUGCUGAAAGCAAAGCGGAUGAACGAUCUCCAGUCGCUUCAAGAAAAUCAUCAGCCGCAGCGAGUGAAAAAGACGAUAAAUCUCCAACCGUUUCAAGAAAAACUUCGGUUGCCGAAAGCGAUAAGGACAAAAAGGCAUCCAAAGAACCUUCUCGCCCAACAUCUGCUGCCGAAAGUGGAGAAGAUGAAAAAUCUACAGUACUUUCAAGGAAGGCUUCGGCAACGGCAUCAACUGCUGUCAGCGAAAAAGACGAUAAAUCCCCAGUGGUCUCGCGAAAGACUUCUGUUGCUGAAAGUGAAAAGGACAAGAAGACUCCAGAAGAAUCGAAAGAACCUUCUCGGCCCACAUCUGUUGCCGAGAGCAUGAAGGAUGAAAAGUCUCCAAUUGCUUCAAGAAAGACUUCAAUUGCUAGCGAGAAAGAAGCCUCAGUUGCAGAAAAAUCACCAGUGAUAUCUAGGAAGGCUUCCGUGGUGGAAAGCGCUAAGGAUUCGAAAUCUCCAGAACCUACACUAGCCACAUCGACAGCGGCCAGCGAAAAAGAUGACAAAUCUCCCAUUGUUUCAAGAAAGCCAUCAGUCACCGAUAGCGAAAAAGACAAAAAAUCUGCGGAUACUUCCAAGGAACCCUCUCGACCCACUUCCGUUGCCGAAGACAAAGAAGAGGCUAAGUCUACCAUUUCUUCCAGAAAACCAUCUGCUAUCGAAAGUGUCAAAGAUGAAAAGUUCGCAGAGACAUCAGAGGCCGCGUCAGCUGCAGUUAGUGAAAAAGAUGAAAAAACUCCCGCUGCUUCCAGAAAAGCCUCGGCAGCCGAGAGCAAAGAAGACGAAAAAUCACCAUUGUCUUCAAGAAAAACUUCCGUAGUUGAGACCAUAACGGAGACAAAAGUACAAGAUGUGUCUAUGGAGGUCUCUCGCAAGGUUUCAGAGGUCGUAAGUGCAACAGUGGAAAAGACUCUAGAGGUUUCGCAAAAGGUGUCAGUAGUUGAAGGUGAAGAAGAAGAAGAAGCAAAAGAAUCUUUAGUUACCGGAGAUAAAGAAGAAGACUCAUCAAGCACUUCACGCAAACCCUCAAUAGCCGAGAGUGCAAAGUCAUCCAAGGAAACCUCACAACCAGCAACGGCUGCCGUCAGUCAAAAGGAUGAGAAGUCACCCACUCUGUCAAGGAAAACAUCUGUGACUGAAAGUGAGGAAGAAGCAUCCAAGGAACCCUCAAGGCCAACAUCUGUGGUUGAAGACAAGUCCCCAAUUGCAUCCAGAAAAACUUCAAUAGCUGAAAGCACCAAAGACUCAAAAUCUCCACAACCAUCAAAACCAGCAUCUGCAACCCCAAGUGAAAAGGAUGCAAAAUCACCGGUAUCCUCCCGAAAAACUUCUGUAGCUGAAAGUGACAUGGACAAACUAUCAGUCGCACCAUCCAAGGAAACUUCACGUCCUGGUUCGGCUAUUGAUGACAAGGAAGACAUCUCAAGAAAGGCCUCGGUGGCAGAAAGUGUCAAAGGCGAAAAAUCACCACUUCCAUCUGCCGCUGAGUCUAAAGAACCCUCACGAGCACCAUCUGUGGCCGAAAAAACAGAACUGGAGAAGUCACCCAUUCCUUCGAGGAAAGAAUCAUUGGCCGAAAGCACAAAGGAUGCAUCUAAGGCACCAUCACAGGCAGUUUCCACUACAAUUAGCGAAAAGGAUGACAAAUCGCCAAUUGCCUCAAGAAAGAGUUCGGUAGAUGCAAGCGAAAAGGACAAGGAAUCUGUACCAGAAUCCAAAGAGCCCUCUCGGCCUACUUCUGUUGCAGAAGAUGAAAAGUCGCCAAUGUCAUCCAGAAAACCUUCUGUAGUUGAAAGUGCCAAAGAUGCGAAAUCCCCUGAAGAGUCCAAAGUACCAUCUGCAGCAAUCAGCGAAAAAGACGAAAAAUCUCCUGUUCCAUCAAGAAAGACAUCGAUAGCUGAGAGCGAAAAGGAUAAGAAAUCUGCUGAAGAAUCAAAAGAACCUUCACGGCCAACAUCUGUUGCUGAAGAAAAAGAGGAAGAGGGAAAAUCACCAGCAUUCUCCAGAAAGCCAUCGGUGGCUGAAAGCCUGAAGGGAGUUAAGCCAGCUGAAGCAUCCAAGGAACCAUCACAGCCAACAUCAGCCGCUGUAAGUGAGAGAGAUGAAAAAUCUCCAAUCGCUUCCCGAAAACCUUCCGUAGCUGAUAAAGAAGACCACAAGUCGCCAACUUCUUCCAGAAAGUCAUCUAUAGCUGAAAGCGUCAAGGAUGUCAAACCAACUGCAGCUUCGAAGGAGCCAUCACAGCCUGUGUCGGUAGCUGCCAGCGAAAAGGACGAAAAGUCGCCAAUUCCUUCCCGAAAACCUUCCGUAGCUGAGAGUGUAGAGAAGAAGUCCGCCGAAGAAUCGAAGGAACCUUCUCGACCCACCUCUGUUGUCGAAGAAAAGGAAGAUGAAAAGUCGCCGGUUGCUUCAAGAAAAACUUCGGUGGCUGAAAGUCUAAAGGAUGUGAAAUCAACGGAAUCAUCGCAUCCAGCUUCGAAAGCAGUUAGUGAAAAAGAUGAUAAAUCUCCGAUCGCUUCCCGUAAACCAUCGGUAGCCGAAAGCGAAAAGGAAAAGAAAUCGGGCGAAGUGUCCAAGGAACCUUCGCGACCCACCUCCGUCGCAGAGGAGAAAGAAGACGAAGAGAAGUCACCAAUUUCAUCGAGAAAAGCUUCAGUCGUUGAAGAUAUUAAAGCUAUCAAAUUAGCAGAAACAUCUAAGGAACCAGCUUCCGUGGCUGUUAGCGAAAAGGAAGACAAAUCAUCAAUAACUUCCCGUAAGCCUUCAGUAGCAGAAAGUGAGAAGGAUAACAAAUCUGCCGAAGAAUCAAGAGAACCUUCAAGACCAACUUCAGUCGCUGAAGAGAAAGAAGACGAGAAGUCACCGGUGAUAUCCAGAAAAGCAUCGCUAGCCGAAAGCGUGGCAGCUGCCAAAUUAACCGAGGAAUCUAAAGAGCAGGCAGUUACAACUGCUGAGAGCGAAAAGGAUGAAAAAUCACCAAUUGCAUCGCGCAAAUCUUCGGUAGCAGAAACAACUGCCGAAGCAUCCAAAGAACCUUCGCGACCAACGUCUGCUGCAGAAGAAAAGGAGACCGAGAAAUCCCCAAUUGCUUCAAGGAAGGCAUCGGUGGCUGAAAGCAUUAAGGAUGUUAAAUCAGCGGAAGUAUCCAAGGAACCAUCUCAACCAGCGUCAACAGCCGUAAGUGAGAAGGAUGAAAAAUCACCUAUCGCCUCACGAAAACCUUCGGUAGCUGAGAGUGAAGACAAGAAAACCGUCGAGGAAUCAAAGGAACCUUCCCGACCAACCUCUGUUGUUGAAGAAAAGGAAGAUGAAAAGUCGCCGGUUGCUUCAAGAAAAACUUCGGUAGCUGAAAGUCCAAAAGGUGUCAAAUCAACUGAUGCAUCCAAGGAACCAUCACAAUCAGCUUCAGUCGCCGCUAGUGAGAAGGAUGAUAAAUCACCCAUUUCUUCACGAAAGUCUUCUGUUGCGGAAAGUGAGAAGGAUAGGACAGUUGAAGUCGAAUCCAAAGAACCUUCCCGGCCGACCUCUGUUGCUGAAGAGCAAGAGCAUGAAAAGUCAGCGGAGGCUUCAAGAAAAACAUCGGUAGCUGAAAGUCCAAAAGAUUUCAAAUCAAUUGAUGCAUCCAAGGAACCAUCACAACCAGCUUCAGUCGCCGCUAGCGAGAAGGAUGAUAAAUCAUCCAUUGCUUCACGAAAGCCUUCUGUUGCGGAAAGUGAGAAGGAUAAGAAAUCUGACGAAGAAUCCAAAGAGCCAUCUCGGCCAACCUCUUUUGCCGAAGAGCAAAAGGAUGAGAAAUCGUCUGUAGCCUCAAGAAAAUCGUCGGUGGCCGAAAGCUUGAAGGAUGCCAAAUCAACCGAGGCAUCUAAGGAACCAUCGCUGCCACCUUCAGUAGUGCCCAGUGAGAAGGAUGACAAAACACCAGCUGCUUCUAGAAAACCUUCCGUUGCCGAAAGUGAGAAGGACAAGAAAUCUGUUGAAGAAUCCAAGGAACCUUCCCGACCAACAUCUGUUGUCGACGAAAAGGAAGAUGAGAAGUCCCCUACAGCUUCAAGGAAAUCAUCGGUAGUCGAAAGUUUGAAAGAUUUGAAAUUAACCGAGGCAUCGCGACCAACUUCAACAGCAGCCAGUGAGAAAGAUGACAAAUCACCAGUUGCUUCCCGAAAACCUUCCGUAGGCGACAGCGAAAAGGAUAAGCUCUCAGCCGAAGCAUCCAAGGAAGCUUCUCGACCAACUUCUGUUACUGAGGAAAAGGAAGACGAAAAAUCACCAAUUUCAUCCAGGAAACCUUCAGUAGUAGAAAGCGUAAAAGAUGCGAAAGAACCAUCACUGCCAGCAUCAACAGCUACUAGCGAAAAGGAUGAUAAGUCACCAGUUGCUUCCCGAAAACCUUCAGUAGCCGAAUCAGACAAAGAUAAGAAAUCUGUGGAAGAAUCGAUGGAACCUUCUAGACCAACAUCUGUUGUCGAAGAAUCACCUCUUGCAUCAAGAAAAGCGUCUGGGGCAGAAAGUUUAAAGGAUGGCAAAUCAAUCGAUGCCUCAAAGGAACCAUCACAAGCAACGUCCGCAGCUGUUAGUGAGAAGGAUGAAAAGUCGUCAAUGGCUUCCCGUAAACCUUCGGUAGCGGAAAGUGAAAAGGAUAAGAAACUUGCUGAAGAGCCCAAGGAGCCUUCUCGACCGACAUCGGUUGCUGAAGACAAGGAAGAAGAAGAACAAUCAUCAGUUCCUUCAAGAAAAGCUUCAAUAGCUGAAAGCCUUAAAGACGAUAAAUCAAAGGAACCAUCGCAACCACCAUCGUCAGCUGUUAGUGAGAAGGAUGAAAAGUCGCCAAUAGCUUCCCGUAAACCUUCGGUAGCUGAAAGUGAAAAGGAUAAGAAACUUGCUGAAGAACCCAAGGAGGUUUCUCGACCGACAUCGGUUGCUGAAGACAAGGAAGAAGAAGAACAAUCAUCAGUUCCUUCAAGAAAAGCUUCAAUAGAUGAAAGCCUUAAAGACGAUAAAUCAAAGGAACCAUCGCAACCACCAUCGUCAGCUGUUAGUGAGAAGGAUGAAAAGUCGCCAAUAGCUUCCCGUAAACCUUCGGUAGCUGAAAAUGAAAAGGAUAAGAAACUUGCUGAAGAACCCAAGGAGGUUUCUCGACCGACAUCGGUUGCUGAAAACAAGGAAGAAGAAGAAAAAUCAUCAGUUCCUUCAAGAAAAGCUUCAAUAGCUGAAAGCCUAAAAGACGAUAAAUCGAAGGAACCAUCGCAACCACCAUCGUCAGCUGUUAGCGUCAAGGAUGAAAGGUCACCAAUUGCUUCCCGAAAACCAUCAGUUGCUGAAUCAGAGAAAGAUAAGAAGUCUGCGGACGAAUCUAAGGAAGCGUCCCGACCUACUUCCGUAGCGGAGACAAAAGAAGAAGACGACCGUAAGUCACCCACUGCUUCAAGAAAGGCCUCAGUAGCUGAAAGUCUUAAGGAUGUGAAAUCAACUGAAGCAUCUGGAGAACCCUCCCGGCCAGUUUCAACCACUGUUAGCGAAAAAGAUGAAAAAUCUUCCAUUGCUUCAAGCAAAGUUUCAGUGGCUGAAAGCGAAAAAGACACAGAAUCUAAAGAACCUUCGAGGCCUAGAUCAGCAGCAGAAAGUAAGGAGGAUGAACGGACCGAGGAAAAAGAUGACAAGUCACCUGUCCCAUCGCGAAAGGUGUCAGUAGCUGAGAGCAUAAAAGACCUGAAAUCAAUAAAACCUUCCGAGGCAGAAAAAGAGGAAAAAUCUCCAGUUAUGUCAAGAAAAUCAUCAGUCGCGGAAUCAAAAGAACUUUCACGACCAGUUUCAGCAGCUGAAGAUAAGGAAGAUAAAUCACCAUCAUAUUCGAGAAAAGUUUCAGCAGAAAGCGCAAAAGACAUUACAUCUCCCGUUGCAUCCAAGGCAACCAGUGAAAAAGAUGACAAGUCUCCCGUUCUGUCCAGAAAAUCUUCUUUCGCAGAUGCUAAAGAAACCUCACGACCAAUAUCGGUCGAUGAGAGUAAAGAAGAUGAAAACUUGCAAGUACCAUCAUUGGCAGCGUCUGUUGCAAUAAGCGAAAGAGAUGUUCCCUCACGAAAGGAAUCAGUUGCAGAAAGUGAAAAAGACAAGAAAUCGGCCGAUGAGUCAAAGGAACCAUCACGCCCAACAUCUGUUGCCGAAAGUGUAGAAGUAGACGAAAAGUCUCCACUUAUCUCAAGGAAAACAUCCGUGGCUGAGAGUAUAAAGGAUGCCAAACCAGCAGAUGCACCAAAGGAACCAUCACAGACUACUUCCACAGCUGUUAGUGAGAAGGAUGAGAAAUCGCCAAUCACCUCUCGCAAACCUUCAAUAGCUGAAAGUGAAAAGGAAAAAAAAUCUGCCGAAGAAUCAAAGGAACCUUCCCGCCCCACCUCGGCAGUUGAUGAGAAACAAGAAGAAAAGUCACCAAUUGCAUCAAGAAAACCCUCGGCAGCUGAAAGCAUUCAAGAAGCUAAAGCCGCUCAAACAUCUAAAGAACCAUCGCAGCCAGCUUCCAGUGCUGUCAGCGAAAAGGAUGAAAAAUCACCAAUUGUGUCUCGCAAACCUUCAGUUGCUGAAAGUGAGAAGGAUGGCAAAGAUGAUGAAGAAACCAAGGAGUCUUCCCGACCAACCUCUGUUGUUGAAGAACAAGAGGAUGCGAAAUCCCUUGCUUCAAGAAAAGCAUCAGUGGCUGAAAGCAUUAAGGAUGUCAAAUCAACUGAGUCAUACAAGGAACCAUCACAGCCAGCUUCAAGAGCUGUUAGCGAAAAGGAUGAUAAAUCACCAAUUGCCUCCCGCAAACCUUCAGUAGCAGAAAGUGAGAAGGAUAAGAAAUCUGCAGAAGAAUCCAAAGAGCCUUCUCGGCCAACCUCUGUUGCCGAAGAAAAAGAGGAUGACAAGUCGCCUGUUGUAUCAAGAAAACCUUCGGUAGCAGAAAGCAUUAAGGAUGUCAAAUUAACUGACGCAUCCAAGGAACCAUCUCAACCAGCUUCAAAAGCCGUUAGCGAAAAGGAUGAUAAAUCACCUAUCACCUCUCGCAAACCUUCUAUAGCUGAAAGUGAGAAGGAUAAGAUGUCUGCAGAAGAGUCCAAAGAGCCUUCCCAGCCAACCUCUGUUGCCGAAGAGCAAGAGGAUGACAAGUCGCCUGUUGUAUCAAGAAAACCAUCGGUAGCUGAAAGCAUUAAGGACGUCAAAUCAACUGAGGCAUCCAAGGAGCCAUCACAACCAGCUUCAAAAACUGUAAGCGAAAAGGAUGAUAAAUCACCAACUGCCUCCCGAAAACCUUCCGUGGCAGAAAGUGAGAAGGAUAAGAAAUCUGCAGAAGAGUCCAAAGAGCCUUCCCGACCAACCUCCGUUGCCGAAGAACAAAAGGAUGACAAGUCACCUAUUGUAUCAAGAAAACCUUCAGUAGCAGAAAGCAUUAAGGAUGUCAAAUCAACUGACGCAUCCAAGGAACCAUCACAGCCAGCUUCAAGAGCUGUUAGCGAAAAAGAUGAUAAAUCACCAAUUGCCUCCCGAAAACCUUCUGUGGCAGAAAGUGAGAAGGAUAAGAAAUCUGCAGAAGAAUCCAAAGAGCCUUCUCGUCCAACCUCAGUUGCUGAAGAAAAAGAUGAUGAUAAGUCGCCUUUUGUAUCAAGAAAACCUUCGAUUGCAGAAAGCAUUAAGGAUGUCAAAUCAACUGAGGCAUCCAAGGAACAAUCACAACCACCUUCAAAAGCUGUUAGCGAAAAGGAUGAAAAAUCACCAAUUGCCUCACGCAAACCUUCUGUGGCAGAAAGUGAGAAGGAUAAGAAAUCUGCGGAAGAAUCCAACGAGACUUCUCGUCCAACCUCAGUUGCUGAAGAAAAAGAGGAUGACAAGUCGCCCGUUGUAUCAAGAAAACCUUCAGUAGCAGAAAGCAUUAAGGAUGUCAAAUCAACUGAGGCAUCCAAGGAACCAUCACAGCCAGCUUCAAGAGCUGUUAGCGAAAAAGAUGAUAAAUCACCAAUUGCCUCCCGAAAACCUUCCGUGGCAGAAAGUGAGAAGGAUAAGAAAUCUGCAGAAGAGUCCAAAGAGCCUUCCCGACCAACCUCCGUUGCCGAAGAACAAGAGGAUGACAAGUCACCUAUUGUAUCAAGAAAACCUUCGGUAGCAGAAAGCAAUAAGGAUAUCAAAUCAACUGAGGCAUCCAAGGAGCCAUCACAACCAACUUCAAAAACUGUUAGCGAAAAGGAUGAUAAAUCACCGAUUGCCUCCCGAAAACCUUCCGUGGCAGAAAGUGAGAAGGAUAAGAAAUAUGCAGAAGAGUCGAAAGACCCUUCCCGACCAACCUCUGUUGCCGAAGGGCAAGAGGAUGACAAGUCGCCUGUUGUAUCAAGAAAACCUUCGGUAGCAGAAAGCAUUAAGGAUGUCAAAUCAACUGAGGCAUCCAAGGAACCAUCACAACCAGCUUCAAAAACUGUUAGCGAAAAGGAUGAUAAAUCACCAAUUGCCUCUCGCAAACCUUCUGUGGCAGAAAGUGAGAAGGAUAGGAAAUCUGCCGAAGAAUCCAAAGAGCCUUCUCGUCCAACCUCAGUUGCCGAAGAAAAAGAGGAUGACAAGUCGCCUGUUGUAUCAAGAAAACCUUCGGUAGCAGAAAGCAUGAAGGAUGUCAAAUCUACUGACGCAUCCAAGGAACCAUCACAGCCAGCUUCAAAAGCCGUUAGCGAAAAAGAUGAUAAAUCACCAAUUGCCUCCCGAAAACCUUCCGUGGCAGAAAGUGAGAAGGAUAAGAAAUCUGCAGAAGAAUCCAAAGAGCCUUCCCGACCAACCUCUGUUACCGAAGAGCAAGAGGAUGAUAAAUCGCCUGUUGUAUCAAGAAAACCUUCGGUGGCUGAAAGCAUCAAAGGCUUCAAAUCAACUGAGGCAUCCAAGGAGCCAUCACAGCCAGCUUCAAAAGCUGUUAGCGAAAAGGAUGACAAAUCACCAAUUGCUUCUCGCAAACCCUCUGUGGCAGAAAGUGAGAUGGAUAAGAAAUCUGCAGAAGAUUCCAAAGAGCCUUCUCGUCCUACCUCAGUUGCUGAAGAAAAAGAGGAUGACAAGUCGCCUGUUAUAUCAAGAAAACCUUCAGUAGCAGAAAGCAUUAAGGAUGUCAAAUCAGCUGAGGCAUCCAAGGAGCCAUCACAACCAGCUUCAAAAGCUGUUAGCGAAAAGGAUGAUAAAUCACCAACUGCCUCUCGCAAACCUUCUGUGGCAGAAAGUGAGAAGGAUAAGAAAUCUGCAGAAGAAUCCAAAGAGCCUUCUCGUCCAACCUCAGUUGCUGAAGAAAAAGAUGACAAGUCGCCUGUUGUAUCAAGAAAGCCUUCCGUAGCAGAAAGCAUUAAGGAUGUCAAAUCAGCUGAGGCAUCCAAGGAACAAUCACAACCACCUUCAAAAGCUGUUAGCGAAAAGGAUGAAAAAUCACCAAUUGCCUCUCGCAAACCUUCUGUGGCAGAAAGUGAGAAAGAUAAGAAAUCUGCAGAAGAAUCCAAAGAGACUUCUCGUCCAACCUCAGUUGCAGAAGAAAAAGAGGAUGACAAGUCGCCUUUUGUAUCAAGAAAAUCUUCGGAAGCAGAAAGCAUUAAGGAUGUCAAAUCAACUGAGGCAUCCAAGGAACCAUCACAACCAGCUUCAAAAACUGUAAGCGAAAAGGAUGAUAAAUCACCAAUCGCUUCUCGCAAACCUUCAGUAGCUGAAAGUGAAAAAGAUAGGGCAUUUGAGAAAGAAUCCGAGGAGCCUUCCAGGCCAACCUCUGUUGCUGAAGAACAAGAGGAUGACAAGUCGCCCGUUGUAUCAAGAAAACCUUCGGUAGCAGAAAGCAUUAAGGAAGUCAAAUCAACUGAGGCAUCCAAGGAACCAUCACAACCAGCUUCAAGGGUUGUCAGCGAAAAGGAUGACAAAUCACCAAUUGCCUCUCGCAAACCUUUUGUGACAGAAAGUGAGAAGGAUAAGAAAUCUGUCGAAGAAUUCAAAGAGUCUUCCCGCCCAACCUCUGUUGACGAAGAGAAAGAGGAUGAGAAAACACCUGCAGCUUCAAGAAAGACAUCGGUUGCCAGCGAAAAGGAUCAUAAAUCGCCAGUUGCUUCUCGAAAGCCUUCUGUUGCAGAAAGUGAAAUAGAAAAGAAGUCUGCCGAAGAAUCCAAGGAACUCACGCGACCAACAUCUGUUGCCGAAGAGCAAACGGAUGACAAGUCCCCUGUGGUCUCAAGAAAAUCGUCGGUGGCCGACAACUUAAAGGAUAUGAAAUCAAAUGAAACAUCUAAAGAACCAUCGCCCCCAACUUCAACAGCUGCUAGCGAGAAAGAUGAUAAAUCUACAGUUCCUUCCCGUGAACCUUCCGUAGUUGAGAGUGAAAAGGAUGAAAAAUCCGCCGAAGCCUCCAAGGAACCAUCCCGACCAACAUCUGUUAUUGAAGAAAAAGAAGACAAAAAGUCUCCUACGGUUUCGAGAAAAGCAUCAGUAGCCGAGAGUUUAAAGGAUGCGAAACCAGGAUCACACGCAGCUUCAACCGCUGCGAGCGAGAAAGAAGACAGAUCGCCUGUAGCAUCUCGAAAACCCUCCGUAGCCGAAAGUGAGAAGGAUACAAAAUCAGCCGAAGCAUCCAAGGAAGCUUCUCGACCAGCAUCUGUUGCCGAAGAAAAAGAAGAUGAAAAGUCACUAAUCUCAUCCAGAAAACCCUCAAUAGUAGAGAGUGCAAAAGAUACAAAAUCGGCAGAAACAUCUAAGGAACCAUCACUGCCGGUAUCAACAGCUGUCAGCGAAAAGGAUGACAAAUCACCAGUUGUGUCUCGAAAACCUUCCGUAACCGAAUCAGAGAAAGAUAAAAAAUCUGCCGAAGAGAAAGGAGACGGUAAGUCGCCUAUGGUGUCAAGAAAACCAUCCAUCGCUGAAAGUCUAAAGGAUGCUAAAUCAAUGCCAGCGUCUAAGGAACCAUCGCAGCCAGCGUCGACCGCCGUCAGUGAAAAAGAUGAAAAAUCACCUGUGGCUUCCCGUAAACCCUCCGCAGCUCAUAGUGAAAAAGAUAAGACAUCUGUCGAAGGAUCUAAAGAUCCUUCUAGACCCGCCUCAAUUGUUCUGGAAACAUCCAAAGCACCAUCACCAUACGCUGUUUCUCCUGCUCACGUAGAAACAAUUUCCACUCCCAUAGAUGAAGCUGCCAAAGAUAUGGACGAGCUUAAAACUAAGAAGGACGAAUUCGCACUAGACCUUCAACCUACCGUUAAGGUUGGUGAUUUGCCAACCACUUCCAGCCCAGUGGAUGUGGCUGAAGGUGAUUUCCCCAAGGAAGUUAAGGAGGCAAGCGGUGACUCCAAGGGAGAACCCCAAUUCGCUAUUUCAGAAACUGUUUCCACACCAGUGGACAAGGCCGCUGAGAUUAUUGAAGACAUACAAGAGCAGUCACCAUCAAAGGAACCUUCACGUGCAGCUUCUGUUGCUGAAAGUGUAGCUUCUGGAAAGGUUUCACCAGCCCACGUUGAAACACUAUCCUCACCUGUAGAUGAAGCACCAAAAGACUUGGAAGAAGUAAUUAAGAAAGAGGAAAUCUCCUUGGACCUUCAAAAGGCAGCUAAGGAAGGACAAUUGCCCACUUCAUCCAGCCCAGUCGAUGUAGCUGAAGGCGAUUUCCCCAAGGAAGAUUUACAGGCCAGCAAGGCAUCGGAACCUGAGACUCAAUUUAGUGUAGCAGAUACGGUAUCCACCCCGGUUGAUGAACCCGAAGAACCUGUAGCCAAAGAAAAGACCUCCAAACCCUCAUCUCCAAAGGGCCUAUUUGGCACCAUAACUGGCUUUGUUAAGGAUAUGUUCACCAAAGAGACUGAAGUGGUCGAGCAAAUUGCUAAGGAUGUAGUAAAAACAACCGAUGAAACUAUUGAGGCUCUCGCCAAAGAGGCCAAAACGGUGGUAGAGGACACAACUACGACCAUCACCGAGGCAGUAGAUGCCAGCACAGUGGAGACUUCAUUGACUGAGGAUAUCAAGGAACACACAAAGUCGAUUACUGAAAUAUCAUCCAAACUAGAGGAGCUUAAGGAGUCCGCAUCGCAUAUCGUCAGUGAAACAGUCGAGGAAACCAAAGUUGCAGCCAAAUCUGUGGCCGACCAAAUGGAAAAACAAGUAUCGGAAACUAAAACUAGUGUGGAGACGACAAUGAAAGAAGUAUCGUCUGAAGUUGAAGAAGUCAUCACGGCCUCCAAGCAGAGUGUUAGCGAAACGGUUUCUGAGGUUAAGACCCAGGUGGUGGAUUCGAUUGGCACUACCGCUGAUACAAUAAGCAAAACUGUGGAAGACAAGGUUACCGAUCUGAAACGGACGACAGAACAAACGGUGGAGGACGUUAAAUCAUCGGUUACAUCGAAAACAGAACAGGUCAAGGAUACCCUGUCCACCAUUAAAGAACAAGCCAGCCAGAAAGUAACUGAAACUGAAGCACCAGUCAAGUCAGCUUCCACUAAAGUUGAGGAAACAGUUGCUGACCUCAAAUCUGAAAUGGUUGAAGUCAAAGAAGCUGUCCAAGAGCAAGUAAAGACCGUUACAGAGGCCGCAAAAACAAGUCUCGAGUCAGUGGCACAGGAAGUAACAUCAACAGUUGAAACUACCAAAGAACAGACAGAAGAAGUGACCAAACAAGUCUCAAAGACCCUUGCGGAAAAGGUCACUGAAGCCAAGUCUCAGGUAGAAGAAAUAAAAACAGCCGUCACUUCUACUCUCACAGAAACAGUUCACGAAGAAGUUACCGAUCUCAAACACACCACAGAGGAAAUUGUCAAGGAUGUCAAGGAGACUAUUGUCAGCAAAGCAGAAGAGGUGGUUCAAAAGUCGUCCGAAAUCAUUGAUGAUAUUGAUGCUGCCAAAGAUACAGUGAUCGAAGAUGUUAAGAAGACCAAAGAAGAACUCAUUGGAACUGUGGUAAAACAAAAAGAAGUCGUAGAAGAAGUUACGAAAACCACUGUGAAAUCUUUAGCGCAAGAAGUUUCCACAACAACUGCAGAAACCUUAGGAUUUACCACCGAACUGAGAGAAACUCAUAUAACCACAAUGGACUCUCCCGAACUGAAAAUAACUGUAAUUGACAAAGACGAACCCGUGCUGCAUGACAUCAAGGAGGAGGAGGAAGAGCAUCGCACAAGUCCUCCCUCAGAACUUCCCACAAACUUGGUGGAUGGCAUUGUACCCAGACCUGUAUCGCCCCGCGAGGAAGAGGUCUUUAAGAUUGUUGCAGACGUUGCCAAAGUCCUCAAAUCGGAGAAGGAUAUCACAGAAAUCAUACCCGAUUUCGAUGAGAAGCAACUCGAGGAGAAACUCAAAACUGUUGAAGAAACCGAAGGACCAACCGUGCAGCGAAUGUUGGUCACUGCCAGCAGUGAAGACGGCGGAGAAGAAACCGAAAUUUGCCCAAAGGGCUCCAUUCAAUUCACUCCAUCAUCGAUUGCGGAAGUCCCAGCAGAAAAAACUUCUCCCAAGGACAAAGAGAAACCCAUUCUGAACAAGGUACCAAAAACUGAAGUAGAAUCGGAGAAGUCAUCGCCUGACCUCAAAUCAUCAGGUCCCGCAUCCAUAGAGGAGAAGGACAAAAUCGAAGAAUCGGAAAAGGCUCAACUAAGGGACAAGCGUGACAGCAGUAGACGCAAAGAAUCAGCUUCUAGCGUGGAAUUAGAGUGGAGACGCGAAUCAGCCGUUAGUGCUUAUAGCGAAAAAGAUUUGACAAGAGACGAAGAUACCUUCGAUGACAAAGCAGACUUCCCCUCAAGCCCAUUCGAGGACAAAGAUCGGCCAGAUUCAGCUGCAAGCCAGUUAUCCCCAAAAGACAAAGACAUUUCACGUCCUACUUCUCAGGCCAGUCAUGUGAGUGUCAAAGAUGAGGUGGAUAAGGCUGAAAGCCGAAAAGAGUCGAUAGUCUCAACCAAAGAUGACAAGCUUGAAUCACGUCGAGAAUCUGUUCUUUCCACGGCUGAAAGCAAGAAGGAUGACAAGUCACCCACACCAGAAGGAAAAGACGCCUCGCGUCCCGUCUCCCAAGCCAGCCAAGUGAGCACAAAGAGUGAGGCUAUUGACAGCCGCAAGGAAUCGGUUGUCUCAACAACCGACGACAAGGUGGAAACUCGUCGAGAAUCUGUCCUUUCCACAGCCGAGAGCAAAAAAGACGAUAGCUUCCCUACUCCAGAAGCUAAAGAAGCAUCUCGUCCCACAUCUCAAGCCAGCCAUGUUAGUACCAAGGAUGACGUGGAAAAACUGGAAAGCAGAAAGGAAUCCGUAAUUUCCACAGCCGAGGAGAAGGUUGAAUCAAGACGAGAAUCCGUUCUUUCCACUGCCGAAAGCAGUAAGGAUGCCAAGUCGCCAACUCCAGGAGAAAAGGAGGCCUCACGGCCUGUCUCGCAAACUAGCCAAAUAAGCACUAAGAGUGAAGCUGAGAAAGAAGAAAGCCAAAAGGUAGAAACUUCUAAAUCACGAAGGGAAUCUGUUCUUUCCACUGCCGGCGAAAUCAAAAUGGAUGAAAAAUCGCCUACUUCAGAAGAAAAGGAUGAAUCGCGUCCCGUUUCGCAAGUCAGCCAAAUUAGCACCAAGGAUGAGGUAGAGAAACUCGAAAGCCGUAAAGAGUCCGUAAUUUCCACAGCCGAGGACAAGGCCGAGUCACGACGUGAGUCAGUCCUCUCCACUGCCGGCGAAACCAAAAAGGAUGACAAAUCGCCUACUCCAGAAGAAAAAGAUGCGUCACGUCCGGUCUCCCAAACCAGUCAAGUUAGCAUCAAGGAUGAGGUAGAGAAACUCGAAAGCCAAAAGGAAUCGAUCAUCUCAACAAGUGAAGGAAAAGUCGAAUCUCGUCGUGAAUCUGUCCUUUCCACUGCAGACGAAACCAAAGACAAACUUGCAUCGCGGCCCGUCUCACAAGCCAGCACUCAAGACGAGAAAGAAACAAUUGAGAGCCGAAAGGAGUCUCUGAUAUCUACCGCAGAAGAAAAGGAAACAAAGACAACGGAAAUUACACAGCAAUCGAUCAUAUCCACCACUGAGAAAACAGUUGAGUCACAACAAGAUGCCGCUUUCUCGACGACGAUAACCUCAACUACUACAACCACUACUACAAAGUCACCCACUCCCGAAGAAAAGGAAGAAAGCUCUCGCCGAGAAUCUGUGCUCUCCAGUGCAAAAGAUGAUAAAUCGCCCACAACGGAGGAAAAGGAAAUCUCCAGGGCUGCUUCAGUGGCCAGCCAUGUUAGUUCCAAGGAUUACGAAGCAGAUAAGUCAGAAUCUAGAAAGGAUUCUUUGGUGUCCACUAUACAGGCUGAUAAAGCAGCAAAAUCACCUUCAAUUGAAGAUAAGGAAAUCACUUCUGGUCGUGCAUCGGCCCUAUCGUCAGCAGAAAUUAAAAAGGAGGACGACAAGGAGUCAUCCCGGCCAGCUUCCGAAGCUGGAGACAAACCCGAUGACAAGGAAACAUCACGACCAACCUCGGUUGCCAGCCAUGUCAGCUCCAAGGAUACUGAGAUGGAAACUGAAAUCAAGAAAGAAACUAUUUCGCACUUGGAAACAACUGCAUUGUCAAUUGAGAAAAGCACAGAAGUCAAAACGGUCAGCGAAACUGAGACAACGCAUGAUAAAUCCAGACCAGAGUCCGCAUCAUCAACUGCUGAGAGCAAACCGGACGAUAAAUCACCAAUUCCAGACGGUAAAGAGGCUUCACGCCCCUCGUCUGUUGCCAGUCAACUUAGCACCAAAGAUGAGGCAGCCGAAAGCAAAUCAGAUGAAAAGAAAGCAUCUCGUUCGCCAUCUGUUGCCAGCCAUAUCAGCUCAGCUUCGAAGGAUGCAGAAAUUGAAAAGGCUUCAUCACGCAAAGAAUCAAUGAUUUCUGUUGCCAGCGAAAAGUCCACAACCGCUGAAGCCAAGGAUGCCAAGGAGGAUGUGUCCCGACCCAUAUCUGCUGCCAGCCACACAAGUGCCGAUGAAAAGGCAAAGGAACUCUCACGUCCUACUUAUGUUGCUAGUCACAGCAGCACAAAGAGCGAAACUGCCAUUCAAGAAUCCCGAAAGGACUCAGUGGUUUCAACUUCAAGCCACAAAGCAGAAGACACACCUUCUGCUUCAUCAUCCAAAGAUGCUUCCCGUCCUAUAUCUGCGGCCAGUCAUAUAAGCACCAAGGAUGAAGCUGCUGCUGAUGACAAAUCUGAACAAGCUUCGCGACCAAUCUCCGCGGCCAGCCACAUUAGCGGUAAAGAAGAAGUUGUCGACUCAUCCUCCCGCAAAGAGUCAGUGAUUUCCACCACCUCCGAAAAACCUGAAUCUCGCCCAGCCUCUGAACAAGCCUCACGACCAAUAUCAGCGGCCAGCCACACAAGUGCCAAGGAAGAAGGCGUUUGCACAGUAACCCACAUUGAAUCAAUUACAACGGUUGAAGAGCAAACUGUCAUAUCCUCUGUCGAUGAUAAAGUGUCCUCGAGAGCUGAGUCUGUUGUGUCACAAGUCGAGAGCAAAACAAGUGACAAAGAAACAUCGCGACCAGCCUCAGUGGCCAGCCACGUAAGCGCUAAGGAUGAAGCUGCUGACGCAGUAUCUAGGAAAGAGUCCGUUGUUUCAACAACCGGCGUGAAACUUGAAUCCAGACCAGGGUCUGUCAUUUCACAAGCCGAAAGCAAGCUCGGCGAUGAGUCUGAGCAAACCUCCAGACCUGUAUCGGUGGCCAGCCAUGUUAGCGCCAAGGAUGAAACUGCCGACGCAGUAUCUAGGAAAGAGUCCGUUAUUUCAAAAACCGACGAGAAACUUGCAUCCAGACCAGAGUCUGUUGUUUCACAAGCCGAAAGCAAACCCGGCGAAAAGUCUGAGCAAGCCUCCAGACCUGCAUCGGUGGCCAGCCAUGUUAGCGCCAAGGAUGAAAGUGCUGAUUUAGCUUCACGUAAAGCAUCCAUGAUGUCUACAACAGAUGUUACGGAAUCCACUUCAAGAAAAGAGUCUGUGGUUUCCACAACCGAUGAUAAGAAGACCUCAAGACCAGCAUCAGUUCUGUCACAAGCCGACAAAGACGUUUCACGAUCAGUUUCAGUGGCCAGUCACACAAGUGCCAAGGAUGAAGUUGCCGAAACAGUGUCUCGCAAAGAGGCUGUUAUCACAACAACACAAGUGGUUUCAAGAACCGACUCGCUUAUGUCUUCAGUUGACCAGAAAUUAACUUCUCAUUCAGAAUCGGUUGUAGUACAAGUCGAAAGCAAAACUGGAGACAGUUUGGAUAGUAAAGAGGUCUCGAGGCCAGUAUCUGUUAGCAGCCAUACCAGUGCCAAGGAAGACGAGCCUAUUGACACAUUGUCCCGAAAGGAAUCCGCGUCAUCAACAACUCAGGUCUCCGAGGCGCUUUCUAGAAAAGAAUCUGUGGUCUCCGCAGCCGAAAGCAAAGCAUCUGGUGAAAAGGCUGAACAAGCCUCACGCCCAACUUCUGUUGCCAGCUCCGUGGUCAGUUCCGAUGAUAAACCUGCAGCGACAUCUGCAACUACCACAGAAACCAAGAUAACUAGCCAAAGUGUCUCUAAAACCGAAGCAGCUAAAGAAGGCUCUGAGAAGAGUUCUUCCGCUACAACUACUACAGUGACCACCAUUACCUCUUCGACAAGCGAGAAACAAGCAAGCCAACAGGUAUCAUCAACCUCCAGCUCUACUGCAACAAAGAAAAUCGUUACCGAAACUUCCCGCCUAAUCGAAAGUGAAAUUGCUGCUGCUGCUUCUACUGAAUCUCUAAGUGAAUCACUGAAGAGUGUCAAGGUUGAGGUUGGUUCUCAAUUGAGCCUUGCUAUAGACAAGGGAGCGGCUGAAAUUAAAGAGUUCAGUGAGAAAACUGAAUCUUCUUCACAUGCCGAAGACUCUCAGGCCUAUUCUGAAGAAUGCUCUUCUGAAUCCAUGGUCAGCGAAAUUCAGACAUCAACACACACCAAACAGAAGACUGACAGCACCUCAGCUACCGCCGAGAGUUCAGUAAAGGAAAACCUCAAACAAACUGUCCAAGAGUUCCUGGCUACAGAGAAGAUUGUCUCCACCAAAGAAAUCAUGAGCACCUUUGACGCCGCGCAUAGCAAGACUAGCAAGGCGGUAGCCGGCACAUUGGAAACUCGUCGAGAAUCUGCUCUUAGUCAAACCAGCGAGGGUCGUCAAACCCACAGCGAUGUGGAAGACGAGUCCGAGGACGAUGAUGAAAGGGCACAGGUCAAGGAAAGUCGUUCCAAAUCUUUUGCAAAUAUAAUGACUACAAGCAUUUACAAGCCAUCAGAACAGGUAACCACCGACAAAGUAGUGGAGGAGGAGGAGGAGGAGGUUGUCGAAAAGACCUUGUCCUCUACCAAAACAACAACAACAAGUUCAGUGGAAAAGAAAUCCGUGCAGACUGCGUCCAGCACACAACAAAAAUCAGAGACUGUCACACAAAAGGCAGCGAUGACACUGACUCAGUCAUCCUACGAUCGCGAGUUAUCAGAUCGCAAGACACCUCCAACGGCCCCCGUGAGCCCGGGAAUUGUCAAGACUAGCACAAGUGUGGGUGGCUAUGUGGCCACAACAACAACUGCUAUCAGCGCCGGCAAGGUUAUAUUGACUGAGACCACAGCAACGCACAGUGGUCCUCUCUCGCCCAAAGAUAUCAGUGGUAGAUCUAGUCCCGGGGCUUUGACAUCAGAAAGCCAAUCGAUACCAACGCCAUUGGGCAGAGAAUCUCUGACUGAAACACCUGAAUCGUCACCAAAACCAACUUCCCCCUUCCCCAGAGUUUCCAAAGAGGAGUUGUCAUCGGCCACACACUUCAGUGGAGAACAGAUCGAUGCCACAAUAACUGCCACAUCAGCAGCAACAGCUGCCGCAGCGGCCACAAUGGCCAUAGCUACGUCAGUCCCAUCAGCACUGCGCAAGGACUUCGAAACCUUGCCCGAUUUACACGAAGUUCGAGGCAUUGAGAAGACCGCUGCCCUCAGCGGAAGCACAGAAAAAAUCAUCACCACUACCAUAACGACAGUCACCAAAGUUAUAUCGGCUGAUGGCAAGGAAAUUGUCACCGAAGAAAAGACAAUCACAACCACAGACUCAACAGACCCCGAGGGAGAGAAAGUCACUGUGACCACAACUCGCACUACCAGCGAAAGUGACAAGAGUGAUGUGAUACUGCCCAAAGAAGUGGCCAUGCUGCGUAGCAUGUAUCGUUCCUCCACGCCAGGAAGUGGCGAUGACAUGAGCGACGAUGAAGUACCAGCUUCGCCACGAUCCAUAGCCUCCAGCCAUGGGGCCAGCUAUGACCUGCAACGAUCUGGCUCGGGCAUUAGCAAACGUUCCGAUUUCGAUAUCGAUGAGAGCCAAGAUGACAUACCACCACAAUAUGAAGAACUCUCUGCCGCCAGAUCAAUUACCUCCGCCCACUUUGCCCACAAGAUAGUGGAUCCCAUGAGCACAUCAUUCUACGGAGCACUGCCAGACUCAUUCGAUACCAAACCAACACAACCAAUCACAAUACAGGGUGUAACACAACGCAUGCAAGACUUUGCCGAAUCGCCAAUAUCACAAUCAUCCGGCUCGGUGGACAGUACCAGACAGGGAGAUGCUAAAUUCCUCGAGGAAGCCGAAAUGGGCUUCGAACAGGCCCUCAAGGAGCAUGUCGAACUGAGAGGAGCGGAUGUCAUGUCCUCAGUUACUGCGAAAUACUCCUAUUCCCCCUCCAAGGCCGAGGAGGUUGAACACACAGUGGCGAGCGCCGAGCAGCCCAAGUUCCCUCUGAGUAGUGUACAAAAAUCCAAAUUCACAGACGGAACAUCUACGACAACAACCGCGGUGGAAUCGUCCAGAGAUGCUGAUGGUGCCCGAACCACAGUGACCACAACAACGACUGUUACAACAACUACGGCCGAUGGCAUCAGUAGUAGGGUGACAUCUACAGAGACCACCACUUCCUCGUCCAGUUCCACUUCGGCGACAACAUCCUCCAAGGUAGAUGAUAAGCUUAAGGAAUGGGGCAAACCCUUGGGACUGCCCUCACCUGCCCCCAUGGCUGCCGAGGGAAGUGAUGUGCGAACCACACCCAAAAAAGAGCGCAGGCUAAUGGCCACCAAGACACGACUGAACAAUGAAAAGAACUUGCGUAAACGCUCCGAAUCGCCCAGCAAAGCGAAGAAGCCCUCACCAGUCUACGUCGAUUUGACAUAUGUGCCACACAAUGGUAACUCCUACUACUCCCAUGUGGAAUUCUUCAAACGUGUGCGUGCGCGCUACUACGUUUUCUCAGGUACUGAACCCAGCCGGCAAGUGUACGACGCCCUGUUGGAGGCAAAACAAACCUGGGAGGAUAAAGAAUUAGAGGUAACUAUCAUUCCCACCUAUGACACCGAUGUCCUGGGAUACUGGGUGGCUGAAAACGAAGAACUGCUGGCCAAAUAUCGCAUUGACCUCUCACCAUCGGCUUCAAGAUGCACCAUCAACCUACAGGAUCACGAGACAUCUUGCUCUGCUUACCGUUUGGAAUUCUAGGCCACGGGGAUGUUCGUAGCGUUUUCGGAAAAUUAAGUUUCAAAAUUCAGUUUCCAAUUUAGAGAUCACCACGCGGUGUGAAGACAACAGUGAAACAAAACAGAAAAACCAAAACUAGAACUAAAGGCAGAAAAAAUCACAACUUUCUCAUAUGAAAAAACGAGGCAGAACAAAUCUCUAGCAAAGGAAAGCUUCAAGCUUUUGUUAAGAAACAACAAAAACACACUACGAAUAUGAAAGCUUUAGAUCCACAAAAAGAAAGCUUAUUUUCGUAAUUCGACACAGAAACACACUCACUCACUCACAUAGGCUGAUCCAAAGAAAGAAAAAUCGAAAAAAAAACUACAACCAAUAAAGCUUUUGUACUUGGUAGCGAAAGCUCUAUGGUGGCCAAAGGCUCUCCCUCUCUCUAUACA